CGCGAGCUGUGGAGAUAAUGUCACAGUCAAAUCUAAAAUCACCGACGCGGGACAAACUAACAAGGAAAUGCCACAGGACCUAAGGUCACAUGCUUCACCUGAGCGAGGGUCAACGGUCGAGGAGCCAUGGACGACGUGAUCACCCUCAGCUCCGACAGUGAUAAAGACGACUCCGAUGUGGAAAUCAUCGGCUCCUUCGGGGCCAUAGUGACCAAAGCCGAAGCGAGCCCACUGCCCCUCAGCGCGGUGCGGGUGUCCGUCAACGUCCCCAAGCUAUAUAUUGACCUCACAGAUGCAAGAUGGACUCUUCCAGAGCUGAAACACAAAAGACCAAAUCCCUCUGCCUUGACGGUGGAGGACUUGAAAGAGGCUGACGUAGCAAAUGGGACCAAAUGGGAAUCAAAGAAUUUGCCACCAGAUGACAUUCAAGUGAAAGAUGAACGUCCAACUAAAAAUCUCACUUCAAACCAACAAGAUUGUGACUUGAAAAGCUCAUCCAGAGACCUCACGGUCUUUGCAUUACAGAAGUACUGUGGCAAUUUAAAGCCGAAGAAGAGACCUUUGGAUUCUCCAACACAACACCAAAAGCAGCCAGAUAAAAAACAGCAUCGCACAGCAAUUGUAAAAUUAAGACGAUUGCCUUUCCAUAAAAUUCAAAUUGCAGAACUGCAGACAUCAAAGUUAUCCGUCUAUUUAAACACAACUCGUUCACAAAUGUCACUGCUGGUGCAGGCAGACAAUAACAGUGAUACACCAGAAUGCAUUAUUAAUUUGAGAAGAACUAGUGCAUCAAACGGUACACAUCUGGAUCCCUCACUGGCUGAAUCUCCUCCUAUGGUGGUGGAAACUCUUAUUAGACAGGAGGAAAAAGAGAACAGUAAUACUAUUACAAACACACAGUUAAAUAGUCAAAUAUCUCCGCAUCGACAGACCCCAGCUGAGUCUCCCUGCUCUGAGAAAGAGAGCAAAAUGGAGCUCGGCCCUCGUGAAGACAGGAGAGAUGACUUUUGCUCAUCCAUGCUCAUCUCCUGUAUAACAUCCACUUCUUCACUCCAAGAUGAAACACAGGAUUCCUUAAGAAGAGAAGUCUACAUAUUGCCCAACUCUCCGACCACCGGACCAAACCCGUCUGAGCAUUUUGAUCUUGACUCUCGGUCCCACACAAAUCCCAUAUCUCAUAACCUUAUGAGCCCAGUCGACCAAACACUCACCUCUGAGCAGACACGAUCUGAGAGUCCAUCUGAAUGGCAGCGAGAGAAGAUGCAGGCUGACGAGGCCUCAAACGGCUUUGACUUCUUGCACUGGAGCGCCCCUAAUGAACCUCUUUUUGAGGACAUGGAGGACAGAUCUGAGGAUGGGACAUCCAGAGGGGAUCUGGGCAUUGACAGUCCAGUGUCUUUUGUUUGGCAAGAGGGUAGUGACGAAGUGAACAAAGAGAGCAGAUUCGAUAUGGACUUUAUGGUGGCUAGUCGAGAGGACAGGCAAUUUGUGUGCCCUGUUACCCUCAGGAAAAUAAUGUCUGGACCCGUUCAAGCCCUGUUUGAUGAAGAAGACAAAGGUUUUGGAGCUCCCGAGGUGCUGUGCCGUCAGAGCCUGAGCCUGGUUUACAGUACCAUGGAUGAGAACUACCCAGAGGGCACUUUGCAGCUCUUGUCUGACCUGCUUCAGCCGAGUUACUAUCCCCCGAGAGAUAUCACCUCCCACCUGCUGCGCGGCAUUCUGCUCGACCCACAGUGUCCUUAUCACCUGUGCGUGCAGGCCUUUAAUCUGCUGAAGAGGACACAGAGACACCACAUGGCUGAUCAUACCACCGUUUCAUGGGACUGGGAGCUGCUGACCUCAGUCAUGGCCGAUCAGAAACAUCCAUGUGAGGUUGUGCGUAUGCUCCUGGACUAUAUUGUGCAAACCUUGGAGGAUGACUUCCAGGCCAAACGCUCCAUCUCGGCUCUCCACCACUCCAUUGCCAAAACAACAUUGUCAUGUGAUCAGCAGUUUCCUCGUGUCAGGGAGGUCAUCAAGUGGCUCUUUUCUGCCAUUAUGAAAUCAACAGAGCAUGGAGAGACCCCGGAAGCAGCCAGAGAGAGAGAUGAACUAAUCCGAAUGGUGUCCAUCUUCCAGAGGAUGCUGUCCUUGGCCCUUGAGGUGGACCGUUCUCCAGCUCUAAACUCUGCCAAGCUGUCCCAGGAGCUCUUCCAUAUGCUCAUCAGUAAUAUACCUCUGCGAGCUCAAAGGAUUUUGUUGCUGGAGAGCCUGCAGAGCAAGCUGCUGAGAUGUAAGCUGUUGGAACAUCUGUUGGACUAUGCAUGCCCACUGAAAACCCCUCUGCCCAUGUCGCUCAGUCUUCUGCUUCACUUUCUGAAGUACUGCACACUUGCACCAGACCCUUCGGACGGUACUGAACGGUGGCAACGGUGGGAAGAGUUGGUCCAUCUUCUCUGGAUGUUGCUGCUCAGCUACAACAAAGCAAUGAAAGGCUAUCUGUGCAACUCAGUCUCUGAACAAAGAGGACAUAUUGGCAACUUGGUUUACAAGCCAGAUGAUAUGAUAUUCAAGCCUGCCAUUUGUGAUGCUGUGGAGGCCUUCCUGUCCAGAUCCCGGGCGGACCUCGGCCAAGCCUUGCCUCUCCAUGUGGAAGAGUCCCUCACUUAUCUACAGGAUCACCUGAUAGAUGUGUGUCAGUGUUGAAUUUAAACAAUAUGUUGUUGUACUUUUUACUAAAUUAAUAUUUAUUUUUGUAUGACUUGUUCAAUUGUUUUAAUCUUAAUAAAGUUCAUGCCUUGCUGUGUUUUAUGAAUA